AUGGUCCCCGACAUGGGCUUGAAAGAAGCUCUGACCCCUCCAUUGCGGGGCGUCACAUAUCAUGAUGUAUAUGUUGUACACUACAACUUUGCUGAUGUUGACCAUUCUACUGCCGUCGAGGAGUUCUGCACCCUGCUUGCGGACUUGGAGUCAGUGGGACUGCACACUGAAGUCCGGGCCGGCUAUGACCGGACUCUGCUGGUUUUCGUAAAGGCUUCACACGAGCUGCUUGGAAGAGAGGUGUACAAGUCUAGGGUCAAGGAUUGGCUAUAUGGAAUCACUCGCGAACACCCUGGUGGCGGAAAAGAUACAGUAGUGGAUGGUGAAUUCGAAGCGGAGGACAUCCUCUCCAUGUUCCAUUUGGUUUCCUGGAAAAAAGAGCUCGGCGGCGCCGGCAUAACUCCCCAGUCGGGAAAAUGGGAGAACGUGGAAUCCAUCUUCCCUCUGCACAACAAGAAAAAGAACCAAGAGCUCCUGCUUCAUCUAAGCAAGAGCAUCUUCCUGAGAGUCGAAGACCUUGACAAGAUCAGAGACCUCUUUGGAUCGAAAGUUGCCUUCUACUUUGCCUUCCUGCAGACUUACCUGGUUUUUCUGUUCUUUCCCGCCAUCACCGGAUUCCUCGCAUGGAUGUUUCUUCCGCAGUACUCACUUCUCUAUGCCUUGAUCACGAGCCUGUGGUGUACGGUCUUCCUGGAAUACUGGAAGUUGCAACAGGUCGAUCUGAGCCUUCGCUGGGAUGUGAGAGGCGUCGGAACCUUGAAGGUCAACCGUCCAACCUUCCUACCCGAGAAGGUAAUCACAGAUCAUGUCACUGGCGAGGUGAUACACUAUUUCCCCAAGUGGAAGCAGAUUACCCGGCAGACACUGCAGAUACCUUUCAUACUCGUCUCUUUUCUUAUACUCGGAGCUUUCGUUGUCAUUGUUUUUGCAGUAGAGGUUCUCAUCUCGGAGGUCUACGAAGGCCCUUUCAAGGACUUGCUGGAAUACCUCCCCACCAUCCUUCUUGCUGCCCUCCUGCCAUUCAUCAAUACUUUUCUUGAAGGAAUUGCAACUGCCCUUACGGAAUACGAAAACCACCGCACCCAGGAUCGGCACGAAAUGUCCAUCACUCAAAAGAUCUUCGUACUCAACUUCAUCACCGAGUACCUGCCAAUUUUCCUCACUGCCUUCGUCUACGUCCCGUUCGGGGAUGCCGUCGUCCCGCAGCUCGAGCUACUCCUACGGCGCUUUUUGGGCGACGCGGCCCCCUUAUCCCUUGGCAGCAACUUCCACAGCGACCCCAACCGGCUGCGAAACGAGGUCAUCGCGCUGUCAGUCACGGGCCAGAUCUCCAACUUCGGCGAGGAGCUCGUGCUGCCGUACCUCAAGCACAAAGCGUCGCGGUGGUGGAAGGAGUACCGGGCGGAGCACUCGCACACGGCGACGAUCAACACGGUGGUGCGCGACGAGCCGGACGAGGCCGACUUCCUCAGGCGGGCGCGCAACGAGGCGUCGCUGGAGCCGUACAACGUGCAGGACGACCUGACGGAGAUGGUGAUCCAGUUCGGGUACCUGGCGCUCUUCUCGCCCGUGUGGCCGCUCGUCAGCAUCGGCUUCCUGCUCAACAACUGGGUCGAGCUGCGCUCCGACUUCCUCAAGAUCUGCAUCGAGCACCAGCGGCCCGCCCCCGUCCGCACCGACGGCAUCGGCCCCUGGAUCGACUCGCUCGGCUUCCUCACCUGGCUCGGCUCCAUCUCCACGGCGGCCGUCGUCCACCUCUUCGGCAACGGCAACACCAACGCCAACGCCACCCUGAGCGUCAAUCCAGGCCUCCCCGGCCGCAGCUCCUGGCACGCCCUCCCCACCACCAUCUUCAUCACCGAGCACAUCUACCUCGUCCUCCGCUACGCUGUCGCGUACGCGCUGCGGCGCUUCGGCAGCGACCAGAUCCGCAAGGAGCGCGCCCAGCGCUACGCCCGCCGCAAGCGCGUCCUCGCCGAGCUCGAGUCUCGCGGAGACUGCUCGCUGGGCGCCGGGCUCGCCGGCGCGGACAAGGAGCGCCGCAAGUCGCUGCUGCUGCUCAUGGGCCACGACGACCACCGCUUCUGGACGAGGCAGAUCGAGGACGGCGUCAGCGCGGAGGUGGGCGUGGGGUUGAUCAGGGCGCUGAGGAAGACGGAGGAGGCGAGGGGGGAGGAGGAGAAGGAGAAGGCGGCGGCGGCGGCGGCGAUGACGAAGGAGGAUUGA